AUGAUGCUGGCAGCUCUCCUCUUUCUGCUCUCCCUCACAGGUGGAAUUGCCUCAAAUCUGUCAGUGCAACCAGACCUUCUUGAUGCUCUGCUGAGGUCCAACUACAGCUUUGUAGGAAAUGGAAGUGCCUCAAAUUACUCAGUGACAACAGAACCUCCAGAUAAUCUACCGACGCCUGAUUCCAGGCCUCAGCAAAAUGGGAGGUCCUUCAAACGUAACUGCACUCCUCGGGCUGUUAUAAAGCACUUGAACUUGCUCAAACAGAAUGAGAACACCAUGACUAGGCCUGGUGAUAAUAAAUCACCCACAGAAAUAGGACUGUCUGUAGUACUCUCAGCCAUUGUUGAUGUGAACGAGAAGGACCAGAAAUUUGUCUCCUACCUUUGGAUUGAUAUGAUAUGGAAAGAUGAAUAUGUUUCUUGGAAUCCUAAAGAGUUUUGUGAUAUUCAUGAAAUUUAUCUUCCCACUAAAGUAUUGUGGGUGCCUGAUCUUACAAUAGAAGAGAUGACACAGAAGGACAAGGCAGUGCUGAGUCCUUUUGUCUGGGUUACCUCUGAGGGAAGAAUCAUUCAUAGGACGAAAAUGGUGGUGAUCAGCUCCUGCAAGUUGGAAGUUUACAAAUUUCCUUUCGAUGUUCAGAGUUGCAACCUGUCUUUCAAGUCUAUCAUCCACAGUGAUAAGCAUAUGAAGAUUACACAGUUUUUUGAAACCGCUUUGACCAGAAAUGCCUCUAAGAAGAUUAUGGGGGCCCAGUCAGAGUGGCUGUUUGAUAACAUUACAACCAGCAAUCAAACUUUGGAUUUUGGCAUCAAACAAAGCACAUUGGUUUACACUAUCACCAUGAAGAGGCGGUCUGUCCUCUACGUCGCCAACUUCUUGCUGCCGGUCAUGUUUUUCUUCUGUCUGGACUUGGCCUCCUUCCUGAUCUCAGACAGCAGGGGAGAGAAGCUCAGCUUCAAGGUCACUGUGCUGCUCGCUGUAACUGUGAUGCAGCUUAUUCUCAAUGAGAUUCUGCCCUCCUCUUCAGACAGGAUUCCACUUAUCGCUGUCUACUGCAUUGGGAUAUUUGGUUUGAUGAUGAUCAGCCUCUUUGAGACUAUUUUGGUGAUGUAUCUGAUGGGGAAAGACAUCGAGGCAGAUGAAGACCAAAUACCAAAGAGUGAGGAUUGUGAAGAUAAACGGAGCAAAGUCAGCAGCUGUUGUAAAGAGGUGAAGAAGUGGACUCACUGUGCUCGUGUCUGUGAUGUGUCUGUUGACGAACCUCCAUCUGAACUGCUGUCAGCAACCAAAGAGGGUAACAGCAGUGAACUGACGGAGGAGUCCAUUGCCUUGGAGAAGGUCUCAGAUGAGCUGAAGGAGGUGAUUCAGCUCCUUAACAGCAGGGAGGAAGCAGGAAAGCUCGGCUACUGGACCAGAGUGGCUAAAACAAUCAACAAAGUUUUCUUCAUUUCCUAUGUCACAGUGGCCAGUGUGUUCUUAGUUGUUAUGUUUUCAUUAUGGAACAGUGAAGCAUACAAGUAGUGGUUAAACUUAAAAAAAAACAUAUUUAAAACAUCUUUCCAUUUGACAUGGACUUUAACACAUCUAUAGUCUGUGUUCACACCUGUAGUUCAGUUCCAUCAUUCUGGACAAAAGAAAAGAAAAAUCCAUCGUUUCUCUAUAAAAGACAUUUUCAGAUAGAUUCAAUUUAAGAAAGGGAGUUUGUCCAUCUUAAAUUUUAUCCAUCUUGAACGGGGCAUGGUCAUUAAUAAUCUACAUUGUUUUAAACUACAUUAAACAUUUUCAUCAGUCUUCCUGCAGGGACUUAAAACGUUUAUGCUCACACUGUAUAGAUCAGUUAUGCUGCCAUAGUGUCUGUGUCAGAAUGGAGACACUGACUCCCCUUUUUGUUCUGUCCGGUGACAAUU